UGUGGGUGGUGGUGAUCGCCAAGGAGUGUCCCCACGGAGAAUGAGCUGAAGUUCCACUACAUGGUGCACACGUCCCUGGACGUGGUGGGUGAGAGGUUAUCUGCAAUGGGGAAGGCCCUGGUGGACCAGAGGGAGCUUUACCUGGGCCUGCUGCACCCCACAGAGGACUACAAGGUAUAUGGCUACGUGGCCAACUCCAAGGUGAAGUUUGUGUUGGUGGUGGAUUCUUCCAACACAGCGCUUCCUGAUGAGAUUCGCAGUAUGUUCUGGAAGCUGCACAACUCCUACACAGAUGUGAUGUGUAACCCCUUCUAUAACUCAGGGGACCGCAUUCAGUCCAGGGCCUUCGAUAGCAUGGUGCCAUCUAUGAUGAUACAGGUCUGUUGAGUGAGAAACUUGCUGCCUGUUGAUUGAAGAGAAGUGUUUUGUACAUAACUGUAUUGUGUAGAUGUGUAUUUAUUAUCAUUUACCCCCCAUGGGGGCAAGGCAGGUGGGGUGCA